AUGCCCUCUGAGAAACAGCCCGCCGCUAAGACCGAGAUGAAAUGUCUAGGCGCCCCCCAGGAGGAGGACAGCAGCAGCACCAACAGCAAUGACUACCCCUACCCAAACUUCCCCAAGAAGGUCCCCCAGUACGGCCAAUACCCCGAUUUGGACGCAGAGAGUCAAAACUUCCUCCCAGACCACAAGACGGGCAAGAAGAAGUAUGAGACGGAAUAUCACCAGGGCAACGCUUCCUUCGGCAUGUCGGUCUUCAACCUGGGCAACGCCAUCAUGGGCAGCGGCAUCCUGGGGCUGUCCUACGCCAUGGCCAACACGGGCAUCGCCCUCUUUGUGAUUCUGCUCGUGGCGGUGGCCAUCUUCUCCUUGUAUUCUGUCCACCUGCUGCUGAAGACAGCCAACGAAGGAGGCGCACUGGUGUAUGAGCAGCUGGGUUACAAAGCCUUCGGGAUACCAGGCAAACUGGCGGCCUCCUGCUCCAUCACCAUGCAGAACAUCGGAGCCAUGUCCAGCUACCUCUACAUUGUUAAAUACGAGCUUCCCAUCGUCAUCCAGGCUUUUACGGGAACCAGCAACGGGUGA